AUGCCCUCUGGGAAGGUGGUCAAGCUCAUCCUCUACGAGGGUCUGCAGUUCACGGCCCUUGUCGUACCGGUGCUUGUGAUCAUGGAGAGGUUCGCCAGCCUCAUACGUGACAUGAAAGGACAGGAUUUAACAGCCUACUGGUUGGUGGUGGCCGUCUCUAUCGCUUAUAUGACCUCAGUCACACUGCUGGUGUGGGUUCCACUCAAAUAUGUCAUCAUGAAGGGCCGCAGGUUCAUCACAAACAUUUCACAGUGGAGACCCACAGCGUUGGCAUAUCUCAUCCUGUGCACAUUUCCGUGCUUUGCUAUUUUAAUAGUCAGCUCCAAGGUGCAGGUGGACGGUGGACACAGGCUGGACCAUUUCACAGAGUUGCCUGUUUCUCUGGUGCUUUUUUCCCUCAUCUGUGUGGAUGUAAUAGAGAGGAUUCGCCCCUGCAGGCUCAUGGGACAGUCAGACGACUUGGAUGUGGACAUCACCGCUCCAGGCCCCAUCCUCACCCACCUGGAACCAGUGACCACUGUAUCAGGCCAGCUGCACCCCCAUGAAGGCCAGAACGGUUUGACCCACGGCCAGCCAGAGACCAGGAACGGCAGUGCCACAGGCAGAUGGCAGGACCCCACGGGCUCACCCGGCCGCUCAACACUCAGCACUAGAACACCUGCUUAUCUGUACUCCUCAUCCUCACGACCUCGAUCCCACUCAGGCCAUCUGGGCUUCCUGUGGAGGAAGGAUGGGAGGUCAGAGGUGUUUGUGGACAGCUUCAUGUUCUGGUUGGACACUGUGGAGAUGGUGAGAGUAGGAGGUGAACCAUCGGUCUUCUAUUCAGCCUGGGUGUUUCCAGUCUACAUCCUGGCCUUUAUGUCCACUCUCCGCAUGGCCGUCACACCUCAGAACUCCCUGUUGUCAUUUGCAGGAGUUGCUUUGCAGGACUUUCCUUUCUUUAUCAUUCGGGUAGCUCUCAUUGCUGUGUUUGGCUAUGUAACCCCUGUACUGUACCCACUAAAAAAUGUACUAGUCACUCUGACUUAUAUUUACUUUACAUUUCUGACUAAACUGAAGAUAUUCCGAAGCCACAGCAUGUUUUGAGGAGGAGUAGUCCAUUCUGUUGUCGGUGAAAAGAUCACCUUUGACGUGGAUCAACAGUUGGUGCAGUUUUGUGCGGCUCCACAGAAACAUGGUGCUGUUACUGACAAAGAACAGGAAUCUUAUUCAAAGCCCAUUCAAUCCAAUCUAGACGGAAAAAUUUAAUGUUUUUAUGCAAAAGAAAAAAGGCAUUCAUUGUAGUUCCUAUUUAGAUUUCUUGGUAUUUUUUGUAUGAAGUGCUUUUUGAA